ACGUUUUUUUUUUCAUUAUAAUUUUGUCAUACUUGUAGCUAGUAAAUGACCCGCGACGUAACUAUUUGCAAAACGAAUGGGAAAGAAGAUAAUGAUGGUUUAUACACAGGAAAGCAAUUGAAAAUGCAAAUAUGAAGCCUCUGAAUGAAGGACUGAUUACAUUGAAUUCACCUUUUGUGAAUCUUAUCUGCAGAUAUGUACAGACCACAUCCUAAGAUUGACUUCUGCCUCAGGAGGAAUGCAUGAGGAGCACCUUAUUGGAAAUGAUUUGUGUGUUUUAAGAACAGGUGUCUCUAGGAUAUGAAAGAUGGCAAGUCCAGAUAGAAGUAAACGGAAGAUAUUAAAAGCCAAAAAAACAAUGCCUACAAGUUGCCGGAAGCAAAUAGACAUCCUGAAUAAGUCAAGGAAUGUUGAAGCACUGAAAACAACAGCAAUUGGGAGUAAUAUUCCAAGUGGUAAUCAGAACUCAAGUACUGGUGUCAUAACUAGCAGUUGUAGACAUUCUGAAAAUGUUGCUUCCUCAUUGGACUCUAACAAAAAUUCCGUAUUCUUACAGAAAAGUAAAGUAUUCCCUCAGAAUUGCAUAAAAUCAGUAGAAGAAAUUGUUCAUUCAGAAGCAAGAUUGGAAUACGAUGAUAAAAGAGUUGUGUGUCGGUACCAAAAGCCAAGUAAAACAAUAGAUUCUCUCAGCAAACUCCUUUUACAAGAAGCAAAAGAUUCACAGAUUACUACUGAAAACCACUUGGAAUAUCAGACAAAUAUAACAAGAUCCAUUCUUGAGCAAGAAGGGGCUUGUAAUCUCAAAUCCAGUUAUUGUCCACCCAGUGUAUUGAAUAGUGUAGUUCAGGUGGCAAAGUCUACAGUAAUCUUGGAUGAUAAGAGAAAUGACAAGAUGGUUUUACACUCAGAAAUGAACUCCAAGUCAGAGUCACCUGAUAAAAAGCAAAAUGACAAGAUUUUAAGUUCAGACUCAGGUUUUGUGCCUCUUGAGAAAACACCUAAGUUGGUGAAGUCGGUCAAUUCCAAUAAUUAUGCUGCUGACAUUUUGAAAACUGCAGAAUCUAUUAGAACCUAUCAUUCCAGCAUUUCAGAUUGUGAAGGUGCAUACUCAACGUGGCAGUCAUCACUUGACACCAAUAGUAAUAACAGCCAUUAUCAAAAGAAGAGGAUGUUUUCAGAAAACAAAGAAAAUGUUAAGCGCCUGAAAACUUCUGAGCAAAUUAAUGAAAACAUUUGUGUAGCUCUGGAAAGACAAACAGCAUUAUUGGAACAGGUCAAACAUUUGAUUCGACAGGAGAUCUAUAAUAUAAGUUACAAACUAUUUGAUAACAAACUGAAAGAACUGAACGAACGCAUUGGGAAGACACAGUGCAGGAAUAAACAUGAAGCAAUAGCUACAGAACUCUUCACAAAAAUAGCCAAAAUUCAAAGACGUGUUAAGACGGUAUUAUCACUAAGGAAUUGUUUGGAACCAAACAUAUAUUCCAGUAAUACAGCCUGUAAGGUUGCAAAUUCAGAGACCAUGACUUUGGAUAUGAAUUGGGAGUCAGUUAGUAGUUCAGUUAAAAGGAUGACUUCUGUGAACUGUGAACCUUCUAACCCUUCAAAAAAAGCAAGUGAAAAGAUUAAUUUGUCACCAGGUCAUAAUGAGUCUGUUUCUGAAAGUAACAAUGAUGAUGUUAUGUUGAUUUCUGUGGGAAGUCCUAACUUGACAACUCCAAUUACCUCAAAUCCAACAGAUAUUAGAAAAAUUACAUCAGAAAAUUCUAACAACUCACCUAAUGCUGAAAAUGAAGUUAUGGUUGUACAGAAGAAACUUGAUUCUGUAAUUGAUUUGACCAAAGAAGGUCUAUCCAUCUGCAAUACAG